AUCACAUGCAACACUGACUUUGGGAUCGCAUUUCCAAACGAGUCAAGUGUCUCCAAGCUGCGAGGUGGCAGCUAGGUCCCUGGUCUCCACCGACAUACAAACCAUAAUUCGAUAUACACUAGAAAGCCCUCUAUCCGCCGCUCGUCCUCGAACUGUAUUGUACUCCAACCGGUUCGAAAUUAUUUCGAGGGCUCUCUCGGCAUCGUCAUGUUCAGCAAACAUGGCCGCCACCCCAGACGUCGCCCUGCAGUCGCGGGCAAUCGACGAUAAGUCGCCCAUCUGCAUCCCCUUCAUCCUCGAGCGCCUCAAGCUCCACCGCGCCUCCAACUCGACGAAGCCCUUCAUCAUCGGCCUGAACGGCGUGCAGGGUGUCGGCAAGACGACCCUCGUCAAGGCCCUAGCCGAGACCCUCGAGGACCGCGAGGGCCUCAAGACCCUCGUCGUCAGCAUCGACGACUUCUACCUGAGGCACGCCGACCAGCUCGCCCUGGCCGCCGCCCACCCGGACAAUGCCCUGGUCCAGAAUCGGGGAGAACCAGGCACGCACGACAUCGCCUUGGCGCGCCGGUUCUUCGACGCCCUCUGCUCUGGCGCCCCGGCGCACAUCCCGCAGUACGACAAGUCCGCCUACUCGGGCCUAGGCGACCGGGCGCCGGAGUCGGAAUGGGUCUCCAUCAACGGGCCCGGGCAGCCAAAGGUCGAGGUUGCCAUCCUCGAGGGCUGGUGCGUCGGCUUCCGGCCGCUGGACCACGCCUCCAUCGAGGCCAAGUGGCGGGCGCCCAGCCGGACCCUUCACCGGCACAAGCUGGAGCACCUGUUCUUCGUCAACGACCAGCUGAGGGCCUACGACGGCCUCACCGACCUGCUCGACGCCUUCAUCCACAUCGACGCCGCCGACACCGAAUACGUCUACGGCUGGCGCCUGCAGCAGGAGGAGGCCCUGAGGAGUGAGCGCGGCGCGGGCAUGACCGACGAGCAGGUCGUCAAGUUCGUCGACGCCUAUUACCCGGCCUAUGAGCUCUUUUCCGACAAGGUGAGAGCGGGCAUAUUCCCGCAUCGCCCGCGCAGUCAAUUGCGGCUCGUCGUCGGGAAAGAUCGGACCGUGCAGGACAAGAUCGUGUUGUGACAUGCUCCCUGAGCAGAAAUAGCUACCCGUUGCAGCUACAUAGUUAUCUAUAUUGAACAGACCCGUUUUAUCACCGUUGAGAAGAGAAUAGAGAAAAACAAAGAUACUGUAGCUCCAUG